AUGGAUGCAUUUUGCACUGGACAAAACAAUGCUUACACCACCCUAGAUGCUUCUGGUUUGUCAGUUGGCUUACCUGCAGGACUUAUGGGUAACAGUGAAGUAGGACAUCUGAAUAUUGGAGCUGGAAGAGUUUUGUACCAGGUGUGAAAUAUAGGAAACUAUGCCAUCAUAUCUUGAUUAUCCGUAUAAUCAAAGCUAUAAUAAGAUUCUCAAACAUGAUUGGUUAUGACCAGUCAGAUUUGAGUACUAAUUGGACAGCAUAUGCAUCAUGCUUGUAAUUAGACAGUGCAAGUGUCAUGGCUAUCUAAUUGGAUCGUAGGCAUCAUGUGUGUGCACUCAGCUGUUAUGAUGCAUUUUGCAGAAUUAAUUGUAUCUUACAGAGGUGCAAUAAAUGGUUAGUUUGUUUCUCAAAUUUUGUCACAGUUUUGAUGAAUUGGCAAUAGGACUUUGUGUUGCCCAAUAUUGUCUGUAAUUGUACUCAUAAUGAACAUGUUGGACUCCUGCUUGGUGGUCGUCCCAUUUUGUUAAUCACUCAGAUUACACACCAAAUUGGAUUCUACUGAGUUCCAUUACCAUUACCAGUGAUCCUUUAUAAUCAGUAGCAGAGUUUAGGGAAGGAGGGGGAAUGUGUUUAUUCAAUGUUAAAACACAUUAGACUUACUAUAGAAAUUCUGAUUGGUUGAGAGCAUGCAGUCAAUAGUAUUUGAUGUUGACAUGAUAACCCAACAUCUGUAACAGAUAUUGGGUUAUCAUGUCAAGUUCAAAGUUUGGCUAGUUUCCAAGCCCUUCAUCCAUGCACAUGUAGUAUUCUCAAAAUUUUUCGAACUCAGAGAGAAGUGUCUGACUUCUGCAGAUUGUUUAGCAAAUUUACAAUAGAAAAAAAUAUUUGAUUCACCAAGUUUUUAUUAAACCUCACGUCUGUGUUAUCUACCUCAGCCUUCUCCUUUGGUAGAUAACUCAGAUCUUGGCAUUGAUAGUUCAUGAUAUUAUGCACAACCUCUUCCAAUAAUUGCUUAAUCAAUUGUAGAUGAUGCCAAAUAGGGUUACAACAAAAGAGGGGCACAUAAGGCACAGCUGAGUGUGUCACUGAUGUUCUUAUCACACUUUGGUGUCUUGUAUGUGUGAUUAAAAAGGAGCAUAAAGUUUUUAAUGGAGGUGUCAUCUAUAUGUCUGUCUUCCAGUGGAUCAAAAUAAGGAGCCAAUCAAAAUACAAAAAUAACUCUGAGCUCAUUAUAAUUAUAAUCAGGUAUCAAAAGGCAACAAUGAUGCAUGAAAGUUAAAUAUCUGAUUCAGGUUAUUCUCCUAGGCAAUGACAAGACACUGUUUUAGGACCCUUAAUUGUUAAAAAAAAAACUGCCAAAUGAAUUUGAUUCAGAUUUAUGAGCUGCAAAAAAAAUUGGAUCAUGAAAUAACACUCAAUCAAAUUACCCACAGCCAGUUAAGGUUUUGAAGCACAGUGAUUUGGAUGGAGAUUCAAAGUGUUCUGUAGACACAUCCUUUAAUAAUCUGUCUAAAAACAUCACUGUAGAAAGGAGAUGGUCCUUGUUAAUAAGUCCAUGGAGAUUGGGUAUGUUUAAGCCAGUGACAUAGUAAGGGUCCAUAUCAAUCUGUACACUUAUAAAAUUUGUUUAUUACAUUUGUAAUUAAAAUUAUGGCUACUUUUAAUCACUCAUGCCUUACAUUAUUGCUUGUUCUUUUUUUCGGUAGGAUAUUGUUAGAAUUAACAUGACCUCUGACAAUAAGGAGUUUUCAAAAAACAAAGUUUUUGCUGAAGCAGCAGAAAAAGCUAAGGCUUCUAAUGGAAGGUUUCAUUUAUUGGGUUUGGUGAGUAACCAUGUCUUAUUAAGAUCACUUUCAUAUAUGUCUAAACUAUACACUAAUAAUCAACAAUUAACUCUUUAACUCCCAAGAUUUCAAUAGUAAUUCUCCUUACUGUCUGCCAUAUAGUUGCUGCAAUGUUAGUUUGGAGAAUUUGAUAUUGGAUCAACAUAUAAUCCCCUAAUUAAUCUUUUCCUUUACUCUCAUAACUUUUCUGCUUGAUAUUGUAUUGAUAUUGUAAAGAGAAAUUCUGUCUUGAUCACUCAUAGGAGUUAAAGGGUUAAGUUGUUAAUCAAGUGAAGUAAUCUUGAUCUAGAUCUCACAGGACAAAUAUUUAAUUUGUCUAAAGAGGUCAUUCAUUUUUCAAGAGAGUGAGAUAAGGAAAAGAUGUGAGCCCUGCUAAAGGAAACAAAACUUGGGUCUUUGGAUUUUGCAGUCAGAUGCUCUACCAGUGCAAAUUCAUUGUUGAGUGGGGCCAUACAUACAUGUAAGGUUCAGAGAUGACAAUGCCCUUUAUACUGCUAAGAUCAACCAAAUUGAAAGUAGUCGAUCAUCAAACAUCUGAACAUCACUUACACUGUACACAGAUUUUUGAUUAUUUGGACUCACUUCUCUGGUCCCAUUUUCUUAUGAAUUCAAUAUGAAUUAAUUAGUCAGAUCUGAGAUCCUUAACAGCUUUUUACCAUCAAACAAAGCAGUGUACUGAAUCAGUGUUGAUUCUACUCCAUUAAAUUAAUACAACUUCAGAGAAUACUAGAAUUAGCAAUGUACAUACAUUGUUAGUAGCAGCUUGAAACAAACUGAUUUAGGUCAGCAUUUUAGGUUGUAAAAUGUUGGUUGUCAUAAAUUAAAGGUUUUUUGUAGGUACUUUGGGAAAUUUUGGUAGGAUGCACAAUGAUGUGAAAAUGUCCUUCAAUUCUUGGAUAAUAUUGAUUAAAUGAUAUUGGUUUUAUUUUAGGCUCAGUAAGGAGGUAUUGUGUUUAUUGUCCUUCUAAUAUUUUGCCAUGCACAUGAAAAAUGUUUACAAACAACUUACUGUAAGCAGGGUGGGAAGUGUUCUUUGGAGUGUUCUCUGCAGCUACAAACUUCAUGAAAAAAAUGAUAUCUUCCUUCUUCUGCAACAACCACAAACACUCCCUUAUCUAAUUAAAUAUUUUAAAUGAAGGCUUACACUGUAUCAUGAUGGAUUCAAGGUUUGAACAUUGGGGAAUUUCAUUUGGCUGAUAUUCUUGGAUAUCACCUAGUUUUAGCUGGGGGAUAUUCAGGUACGUGCUGCAUUUAGACCUGAGUUGCAUAUGAGCAAAAAAAGGUUUGAUGGAUCAUAAUUUCAAUUAUUCAGACUGUUCAGCCCAGUCUGCACAAACCCAGAUGAUAGAGGUGGGACUGUACUUGCACACUUGAUGUGAAAGUAUACAUUAUAGGCAAUUUUUUUUUUCUACAGGUCAGCGAUGGUGGUGUCCAUGCCCACAUCAAUCAUUUAGAGUCAAUGAUUGAUGCAGCUAAGGAGCUUGGUGUUCCCAAGUGUUAUGUUCAGUUUUUCGCUGAUGGAAGAGACACAUCUCCAACCAGUGGAGGUACAAAAUAUAUUGAAGGAAGCUACUUCACCACCAGGCCAUCCAAUAGUAAUUAAUUGUAAUAAUAAUGAUAAUAACUAGUGUCAUAAAUUAAGUGCCAAUCAAUUUGAGGCUUCAACAUCCCCACCCCAUCCCCCUCUCUCCUUUUCUGGGCAACCCAUGGAUGUUUUGACCAUUAUCUGUGCCUGGGAUGGGGAAUUUGAACCUAAAGUGUCAUGUCUUUUCAGAAGAAUACAAGUGUAUCUUUAAAUAUGGAGAUGUUUAAAGGUAAAGAGUUCAUUCAGGUCUGCAAGGUCUCGUUUUUGAAAGCCUGGUCAAGAGUAGAAAGUCAGAGUCACUGAUUUUGCCUCUAAAAUUAAAGAAGAAAACUGACCAUUUAAUCCAACACUUGGGUAUGGGCAUUCAAACACAAUUUUGCUCCCAGCAGGGAUAGGAAUUAGAACAAACCAAUCUUCAAAUCUUCAAAUACUCAAAUACUGGAUUGAGGGAGGGAUGUUGAAGCUUUGAAUUGAUUAUUAACAAUUAGUUCUCAGGAGUAAAACCCAUCAAUGAAAGAAGUAACAAAAUCUCUACUUUAACAUUUUUUAAGUGACAUAUGUGGAACAAGUCUUGAAGAAGCUGAAGGACAUCAAUUAUGGCUCACUAGCCACAGUUGUGGGCCGUUACUAUGCAAUGGACAGAGACAAGCGUUGGGAGAGAAUCCAGAUUGCUUAUGAAGCUUUGGUGCAA